AUGGACAAUUCACCUUACUCGAACAUCAUACCUCCCGAUCAACGAGGACCAGCUGUAUCGCGACAGAACUAUCACAAUAAUAUAGGAGAUGAGGCAGGAGGAGGUGAUAGGUAUGGAGGAAGGGGUCAAGGUGGUGAUGGCAAUGGUAAUAACAUGAGCAAUAACAACAGUAGCAGCGGUAAUAGUAAUUUGGGUGAACAUAGAAAUUUCCCUCAAAGUAAUCAAGCUACGUUACCUCAACAAUAUCAACACUUCUCAGCUUUUGCUCCUCCUCUCUCAACUACAUCUACUGCGAGUUCUACCGGAAUCCAACAUCAUCUCGAAUCAUUACAGUCCCGUACAUUACCACAUGCACAUUCCUUUUCUUCUUCUUUCAAAACACCUCAUUUCCGAUCUUCCCCACAUGGUUAUCCAGAAGCGAUGCAACAGCUCUCGUCACCCAUCACACCGCACCGGGAUGUUUAUCCACUUCAUUCGUACCAUUCGCCUUUGACUGGUGGACAUGAGGGGAUACAACCUUGGCAAUAUGGUGGACUGUCUAGAAGAAGAGAAUCUAUGCCUGAUAUGAUCAACAAGGAUACUUUCAAUCCUCUUUUCUCGAAUCGACCCGUGAUCAGCGGCGCUGAAUCAAGUCAUGGGAACUCAACGUUAUUGAGUGAAAUUCCUGGAGGUUCCAACGAUGGCAAUAACGGAUUGCAACAAUAUGUUCAUUCCCUCACGGGUCUCGUUCAAACUUCCCCCGUACAGGCGACUCCGUCAUCACUGGGAAUAAGGACAUGGCAACCUAUGUCGUCUGUUCCACCUCACCCUCAAUCAUCCAUUGCCUCUUCGACACCGGGAUCGGCAUCGAGACGUAAGCGCUCUAGGGCAAGUACCUUUGGUUCAAGGACAACAGACGAUGACGAGAGCAUAAAUCCCGCGAGUGGCAGUGCGAGCGCGAGCGUGCCGCCCAAUACCAACACCUCGGUCAACAGUAUAGAUGACGAUGAGCUUAACCGACCAACAUCGGGUCCCAGUGCGAAGAAGAUCAUAGUCGACGGUCAACCGCCCGUGACUGUAAAGGACUUUUCCGGACAAAUUGCUAAUAUCGGCACAUCCGGGGAGGGGGAAUCGUCAAACAUACGAGGCGAUAUGGAAGUUGAAGAAGGCCAAGAAACGGAUGAGAAACUUGAUCAUAGGAAAAGAAAGAGGAAUAGAACGAUAAGAAGUUGCGUACCUUGCCAUAACCACAAAAGAAGGUGUGACAGGAAGAGACCUUGUGGAAGGUGCACUGCUCUAGGACUAACCGGAACUUGCGUCUAUGAGAUCGACGAAGCUCGAGAUAUGAACGACCCCGAAGUGGCCGAGGCAGAGCGUCUACGACGUCGAAUCGCAGAACUUGAACAGGUUGUCCGUGAACUACGUCAAAAGGCACCUACUCGCUCUCAAGCUCAAGCAAAUGCAACACCAGCUCCCCUUCCUCCUCCUCUUCCACCCUUAGCGUUUCCAGCCGUGGAGGAUAGUGCCGGCGAAGAUAAGAAACGAAGAGUCAUUGUCGAUCGAUUCGCAAGAUUCAAGAUUGAUGAAGCUAAAGACGUGGAGAACUCUGCGGCAGCAGCUGGAACGGCGCUGCAUGAUAACCCUGCAGGACCGUCGGUACAUCAUGAUAAUGCAGAUUACAAAUCGGAACCGUACCAGACAUACUUGCUGCCAGGUGAAGAAAUGUCAUCUGAUAAAACUGGCAGGAAGGUUUUCUUGGGUGCAUUGACGGGCAAGACAAUGUUGAGAAGGCUUCGAGAACUUGCGCAAGACAAGGGAGAUGGUCAAUUGCUAUCGAUACCUGAAGAUGUAGCCUUCACAGGAGUUUUCCCUGAUUUGAGAAAGACUUAUCCUUUCACUACUAUCUGGAGUCAUGAGAAUUUCAGCGCAGAGAUCAUUGGUCUACUACCUGAUCCCGAACAGGCCGAGCUCCUAUGGCAAGCUUGGGAGGAGGAACAUGCGGUGUACUUCCAUCCUUUCCAUAUGCCAACGAUACAUGUGGAGUAUACAGAUUUCUUCGCGAUGUCUACGAAAGACAAGAUGAACGUUCCCCUUUCGUCGCUCGCCUUGCAUCUCAUCAUCUGCGCACUUGGAUGCGUUAUUCGAGCUACGGCAGCAGAGAUAUUUGGACAUCCAGACGCCUCAAUGGCCAGACAAGGCCACGCGCAACGAUCGACGAAGGACCCCAAAGAUCUUACGUCGAGCAGAUUACAAAGCGAACUCUACUUAUCGGCUUCUUUCCAAGCAUUGAGGCUCUGCGCUUACCUGGCUAAUCCCAGCAUGAGGACCGUCCAAGCCCAACUUUUGCAAAUGGUUUAUUUGUUGGCGAGCGAGAGAGCGGCGGAUGCUUGGACAACUGGAGGUACUCUGGUGAAACAAGCGAUCGCCCUAGGCCUACAUAAAGAUCCUCUAAGUCUUGAUCCCAAAAUCUCAAUGCGAGAGGCCGAAAGCAGACGACGCCUAUGGUGGUCUAUUGCUGGUUUUGAGUGUAUGUUAUGUGUAUUCUUCGGAAGACCAAGUACGAUCAGCUAUUAUUCGACGAAUCUGCCUCAAGAUCGACCCGAUGCAAAUCUAUCUGAACUACCUGGAAGUGCUCAGCAAUAUCUGCCGCCCUCAAACGUACUUUCCAACGAGACCACUGAACAGACCUACCAUGCUGCGUUUUAUCAGUUGACGAUACCAUCAUUUGAACUACUCGAUCGCAUUUUCACUGUGGACAGACGAUUCAGUCGAUCGACGAUAUACGGAUGGUUCUCUCCUCCGCCAAAGGACAAUAAUCAAUCAGCUGCUCAAUCGUCGCACUAUGGUCCGGGAGAGGACCCCAAUCAACAUACAUAUCAGGAUGCUGUACGACUCGCGCACGAUCUAGGUCAAUGGUACUCCCACCUCCCACCUGGGGUAAAAUACAAAGAGAAUGAUACGCCUGAAUAUCUCUUAGGAUCGAGGAAUAGAAGACAAUUAAAUCAGACGCUGAUACUGAGUAUGAAAACCUGGACUAUCGUUAUGGUCCUACAUCGCCCAUAUCUUCGACUUGAUCCCGCUGCUUACCCGGAAUCGACCGACAUUUGUCUUCAAGCUGCACAUCUGCUCCUGAGGACAUACAAGUCAAUGGCUGAAACGAAAAGUACUUUGGCUUGGUCAUUCUGGACUAUGCACUAUAGGGCAUUCCAAGCUGGUGCAGUAUGCGCUUUCUUGGCUAUAAGGCAGCCGGGAACUGAGGUUGCGAAUAAGUGCUUGAAUGACCUGCGAGGAGUCAUCAGAGUCUUCGAAGAUCGACUUUCUACUUGGAACGUGACCCAUCCUGUUCAAGCGGAUCUUUGUGAGGGUCUAGUCCAAUUGGAAAAACUUGUGACCGCAGCAACCCAACAACGUAAUACACCUCAAGCCAGUACGACCGUAUCUACCCAAUCUACACUCUCCUCAAUGUCACCUAACCUUUUCGGGGUGUCACCCAAAUCGUUUUCCGAUUCGAGCUUUACUACUCCUUUGUCACAAAUCCAGGCUUUUCCACCUGUCUCGUUACCUACCCCUGCUAAUGUCCCGGGAGGUAGCACUUUAUUUUCACUUCCCCCAAGUGGACCUUCAAAUCAUACUCAUGGGAACGAUAUGAGGGUUGACCCGAAUGGCGGCGGGAGCGGUAGUGGGGUUGCAAUAGGACAAGGGGUAGAUGGUUUGAUGGGAGGUGGGUUGACUGCAGAUUUCAAUGGGCCUGAACCAUUGGCUCUACCUCAGUUCUGGGCAAGUAUGUUUGGAAUAAAAUUGGAAAAGGAUAAAGCGAAUUCUUCUUCGUUUGGUGCCAGCUCCAAUACGAAUACGGACACGAACACGAAUCCCAAUGCGAACACGAAUGCUAAUGUCAAUGCGAAUGUCAAUAUUCAUUGGUAA